ACCCAAUCACCAGCAGCGAAACACACAUGAGGAAGCGUCUGACUCGGGCGUCUAAGCUGGGAUUCCCUUUGCACUUUGAGCAGCGGCUGUUUAAUUAAUAAAGAAGUUAGAAGUCCAGGUGUUAGUGUCACCACAGAGUAGAGACAGAGGAGGGACCGGUGCGGGAAUGUCUUUCAGAGGAGAAGCCAUGUGUAAGGCCGUGGAAGUCCCGCUGUUCUGGCUGGGUGCUCUAACCGCGGCCUGGCUGUCCGUGUGCUCCGUGUACCGGCUACUGUCCGGCUUCAAGGUGUGGGUGCUGGGCAACGGAAGACUGAUCUCCCCCAACAAACUGGGAAAGUGGGCAGUUGUAACAGGAGCCACAGAUGGGAUUGGGAAAGCAUAUGCAGAGGAGCUUGCCCGCAGAGGCUUUGCCAUCGUUCUGAUUAGUCGCUCUCAGGAGAAACUUGAUGAUGUAUCCAAGGCAAUCGCAAGCAAAUGUGGCGUGGAGACCAAAACGAUUGCAGCAGACUUCAGUGGUAUAGAUAUUUAUGCAAAGAUUGAAGAGGGCCUUGCGGGACUGGAGAUUGGCAUGCUGGUAAACAAUGUGGGCACAUCCUACUCCUACCCUGAGUUCUUCCUCAACGUUCCCAACCUGGACACGUUCAUCGACACAAUGAUCAACAUUAACAUAACAUCAGUGUGCCAGAUGACUCGUCUUGUUUUACCUCAAAUGGUAGAAAGGAAAAAGGGAGCCAUCCUAAACAUCUCAUCUGCCAGUGGGAUGUACCCUGUUCCUCUCCUCACCGUCUAUUCUGCCUCCAAGGCAUUUGUGGACUUCUUCUCCAGAGGACUGCAAGCUGAAUACAAGAGCAAAGGGAUCAUCAUUCAGAGUGUUUUGCCGUUUUUUGUUGCCACCAAACUGAGUAAAAUCCGUCGCCCUACCCUGGACAGGCCUAGUCCAGCACGCUACGUUGCAGCUGAGCUCAACACAGUGGGUCUGCAGACUCAGACCAAUGGAUACCUGCCGCAUGCGAUUAUGGGUUGGGUGACUACAGCUCUGCUUCCAGCCAAGAUGCUCAACAGCUACGUGAUGGGGAUGGGUCUGUCCCAGCGCGCUCGUUACCUCAAGAAGCAGAAGCAGGGGUAGGGGGAUCAGAUGGACGGUGGGAGCCGCAGCAAGAGAUGGAGGGGACCAGGUGCAUUAAUGUCAUGUCCAACUGCCGUCAUCAUCAGGGACCAGGCAAAGAGAAAGUGACAGUUUCUGGGCAACAUCUCAGUUUUCCUCCUGCAAGUGAUAGAUGAUGUGAGCCAGUCUCUAUGUGCUCAACCCCAACAGUUGUAUAAAAUAACCAUUGGACUAAUUUGUGCAUUCAGUAAACGGCUUUAAUUAAAUAUAGAAACUAAAACCAGACCAUCUGUCUAAGAAUCGUGAUGAGAAAUUAAUCCUACAAGAGAAAGGAGGCUAUGAAGUUGGAAUUAUCAGGGGCAUGGUGUCUCUUGGCAUCGUGCAUGUAUUUUAUGGCUUCUGUUUGCUAAAACACUUGAAGUGUGACUUGCUUUAAAGGAUGAUUCAUCAGUAUUUACUCUUCAUAGUUUUGUAUUUUUCUUUAUUUUUUUUUUAGUGUGUAUUGUUCGCCACAUUGGUUUAAACGCUUUCUGUUAAAGCACCAACUAAAUCAUUCCGAAGCUUUAGCUUUUGUUUUUGUGUAAUUAAUGUCUCAGUAAUUUGUAUUUAUGACAGAUACUGAAAUAGUUGAACCAAACACUUUGAUUAAUUGCUGUUUGCAUUUCUGACUACAACACAUAUAUUGUUGUGUCGAUCUACUUACAAAUUUCCACAAAUAUAUUUUGACCUGCUAUGUUUUGAGUUAUUGUGUGUCAUGAUGGCUGUUCGGCCAAACCAUUGGUAGUUUCUUCAAGUAUGUUUGAUCAAGUUGGGUCUGUAUACAAUUUCAGAUUUGUCAUUUCAAUUCUCUCAUUCCAGCAUAAACUUGUCUUUUUUUUUUUUACCCUGGAUGAUUGACUUAAUGUUGAAACUUAGAUUGCACUUGUUCUUCCUGCUAUCAAUAAAUAAAUAUUCUUUUCAGAUCAA